UAGAUUUUCAGUCAGUCGAUCGCAUAUUAAGCACCGGUUGAGUUCUAAGAAAAUGUUUAAAUUAAUCGUAUUGGCAGUUUUAGCUGUUGCAUCAGCAGAUGCUUUCUGGUCAGCAUGUAGUGAUAAUCCAGGCAAUGCACCAUCAAAUGUUGUAUCUGCCUCAUGCAGUGGAAACUUGUGCACCGUUCAACGUGGAGAAUUAUUGAUUGCUGAUGCUACACACACAUUUACUGCUGCCCAUACACGCUUGGAUGUUCGUGUGACUGCCUUCAUUCUUGGAAUUCCUGUCAACCUACCACAAAGUCCACCAGAUGAUGAUGCAUGCAACAGCAUGUACCGUGGAGGUUCUCUUGUUGGAUGUCCAACAGUUCCAAAUGCAGUUCAUGUUUGGCGCAUUAACUUCUUCAUUCCAACAACAUACCCAACAUUCUCAAAUACACGCGUUCGAUUCGAACUCUCCAGCGGUGGUGCUAAUGUUCUCUGUACUGAUGUUAUGGCUACUCUUCUUUAAAUGAUGACUGCAU